GAUUUUUGCACAAGGAAAAUCCCAAACCCAGUAGAUUUCUUCGGUUGUGCACCUGGCUUUACAUUCUGUACGUGCGACCUGAAAAUGGCUGGGGGGAAGGGGUGUUAUGGUCCUGCUUUCCUUUUUGCUUCCCUAGAGAAUCUUGAUUGUGUGUCUGUGUCCCUGUGCAUCAAUUCAUGAUGCAGUGGCAGGGGAGAGGGAUGACCUGGGAGCUGCCCCAGUAUUGGAUGUAUGUGUGGGGAAGAGCACUGGAUGGCUCAGCCUCCAUAUAACUGAGUUAAUCCAUUGUUUGUAACUGACCUCUGGUUUCACUGAGUUCCCUUAUUCAGUGUCCCCACACCCUAGUCCCUGCCAGUAGGCCUUUUUUAAUGUAGUCGUUAACACCCCAUCCCUAUCAUUAAAUUCUCAACUGCUUUAUUCCUGAUUUGCAUUUUCCGUGGCUGAAUGAAUGCACUGACUUCCGUUUUUUUUUUUUUUUUUCUGUUACAGAUGGUGUGCGCAGGUGACGCUGUGUCCAUCAGUCCAACCAGUGUGGCCCCAGCAUGGACAAACACGGACUCAGCUGCUUCUACGUACACGCACACAGAAGGUGAAGGUCAAGCUGGGGAUAACACCACAGGCUUUAGCCCAACAGCUUCAUACACAUCCUUCACCACUUCAGAAACAGUCAGUAAGACUUGGGCAGAUUCCACGGUCGCAAAUGAUGUGACAGAGCCGAGUCAAGUUUCUGAUCUUCGUGUUUCCUUCGUGGGUGUGACGCAAGUUGCUAUUACCUGGAAGAAUGGCAAUGACACUGCCACCUGCUGGAUGCUCUUUGAAGGCGUCGAAAGUUGUAAGGAGUCGCCUCAAGUCUUGGUGGUCAACAUAUCACACCUGACACCAGGGGUUCGACAAAAGGUCACCCUGUGUCUUUCAGAAUCAAAUGAGGAAGGGAGAGAGUCCUCGGUUAUAGAUAGUGGCUUAGUAGAUGCCAACGCCACGGAGAGCUUCUCCCAGCAACCCCGGAACCACACGGCCCCCGUGUCUGGAUACCAGCUCAAACGUGUGGACCUGUCUUCGGACCAUCUUCUGACUGGAGACACGGAAGUCCUGAUUACGGGGUUGGUGCCCGACACGGAGUACUGUGCCGCUGUCUAUUCUCAAGCAGCAGAUGGCACAGAAGGAGGGCCCCAGCGCAUAACGUUCAGGACGGUCGCCAGUCAAGUGUUUGACGUUGAAGUUGUGGACAUCAACGCAACAAACAUGACCCUGACCUGGAAAAUCAAUGAUAACGAGUCGUCCUCUGUCUAUACCUACAAGAUACAAGUCACUGGGGAGACGGAUUCCUUCACCCUCCAUGUCAAUGAGACUCAGGUCGUCAUUACUUCGCUCAACUCGAGUACCUUGUACAACAUCACGGUGCAUCCUUUCCUUGGCAACAGUUCCAAGGGCGUGCCGGGUUUUCUCCAAGUGUACACCCCCCCCCGUCCAGUUUCCGACUUUCGAGUGACGAGUGUCAGCACAAGGGAAAUUGGCUUAGCUUGGAGCAGCAAUGACGCAGAUUUCUUCAAGAUACUUACCACAGAGGAAGGAGCUGGAAAAUCUCCGCUGGAAACAGCCACCCAAAACCAAAGUAUUGUCAUCGGUGGCUUAUACCCUGGAACCAAGUAUCGUUUUGAAAUAUUUCCACAAGGACCAAAUGGGACUGAAGGGGAGUCCCAGACGGUUUACAAUAGAACUGAUCCCAGUGCCGUCUUUGACAUCCGCGUGUUCCACGUCACCACAACCGGGAUGGAGUUGGAGUGGCAGAGUACGGACAAUGCUUCCGAAUACACCUACCACCUAGUUAUACAGUCCGAGCGCGGCUCUGACAAGAUAAACACUUCUCGCAAAGAGAUCACUCUCAGGGGUUUGGUUCCAGGCACCUUAUAUAACAUCACGAUCUUUCCAGAGGUGAACCACAUCCAGGGGGAGCCCAGCUCCACGGCACAGUACACAUGGCCCAGCAAUGUAGCCAACAUUGAAGUAAAUACCAGCACCACAGAAGCAACCUUAAAUUGGCAGAACUUUGAUGAAGCUUCUCCCAGGUAUACCUACCACCUUUAUAUUGGGAAGGAUGGAAAUUUCAGCCAACCAACACAACUAGUCACAGACAUUGGCGUCACCUAUGCUACCGUCACUGAGUUAAUACCUGGCUCGUCAUACACAGUGGAGAUCUUCACCCAAGUGGGAAAUGUCACCAUGCCACUGGCAUCUGGCAGGCAGUCAUUCUGUACAGAUCCUGCACCAGUAGCCUCCUUCCGCUGCGAGGUGGUCCCCAAAGAGCCAACCUUGAUUCUCAAGUGGGCCUGCCCUCCCGGCACCAACACAGGCUUCGGGCUGGAGAUCAGCAGAGGGGCUUGGAAAAAUGUGACAGACCUGGAGAGCUGCUCCUCGGAGAACGGCACAGAGUACUGGACGAAUGUCACAUAUUUGAAUUUUUCUACCUCCUACAACAUCAGCAUCACUGCCUUGUCCUGUAACAAGACGGCACCUCCCACCCAAAACACCUGCCUCACUGGCAUCACAGAUCCCCCUUCUCCAGACGGAUCCCCGAAUAUUACACCCAUCAGUCACAAUUCGGUAAAAGUUGAGUUCAGUGGGUUUGAAGCCAGCCACGGACCCAUCAAAGCUUAUGCGCUCAUUCUCACCACUGGGGACGCUGUUCGCCCAUCUGCAGAUGUUUUGAGAUAUACAUAUGAAGAUUUCAAAAAGGGGGCCUCAAAUACUUACGUGACAUACCUCAUAACAACAGAAGAAAAGAGACGUUCUCAGGACUUGUCUGAAGUCUUGAAAUACGAAAUUGACGUUGGAAACGAGUCGACCACGCACGGCUAUUACAACGGCAAGCUGGAACCCCUGGGCUCCUAUCGGGCUUGUGUGGCCGGCUUCACCAACAUCACCUUUAACCCUCACAAUGACGGACUCAUAGAUGGGCCCGAGAGCUAUGUGUCCUUCAGUCACUAUUCGGAUGCUGUUUUCUUGCCCCAGGAUCCAGGUGUCAUCUGUGGAGCAGUUUUUGGGUGUAUCUUUGGUGCGCUGGUAAUUGUGGCUGUGGGAGGCUUCAUCUUCUGGAGGAAGAAAAGGAAAGAAGCAAAGAAUAAUGAAGUAUCCUUUUCUCAGAUUAAACCUAAAAAAUCCAAGUUAAUCAAAGUGGAGAAUUUUGAAGCCUACUUUAAGAAACAACAAGCGGACUCCAACUGUGGGUUUGCAGAAGAAUAUGAAGAUCUGAAGCUUGUUGGAAUUAGUCUACCUAAAUAUACAGCGGAACUGGCUGAGAACAGAGGAAAGAAUCGCUAUAAUAACGUUCUGCCGUAUGAUAUUUCCCGUGUCAAGCUUUCUGUCCAGGCCCAUUCAACUGACGACUACAUCAAUGCCAACUACAUGCCUGGCUACCAUUCCAAGAAAGAAUUUAUUGCCACCCAAGGGCCUUUACCCAACACUCUGAAAGAUUUUUGGCGUAUGGUUUGGGAGAAAAAUGUAUAUGCCAUCGUUAUGUUGACCAAAUGCGUCGAACAGGGAAGGACCAAAUGUGAGGAAUACUGGCCCUCCAAGCAAGCUCAGGACUAUGGGGACAUAACUGUGGCAAUGACCUCAGAAAUUGUUCUUCCACAAUGGACCAUCAGAGACUUCACAGUGAAAAAUCUCCAGACAAGUGAGAGUCACCCUCUGCGACAGUUUCAUUUCACCUCCUGGCCGGACCACGGCGUUCCCGACACCACCGACCUGCUCAUCAAUUUUCGGUACCUUGUCCGUGACUACAUGAAGCAGAGUCCUCCUGAGUCUCCCAUUCUGGUGCAUUGCAGUGCUGGGGUUGGAAGGACAGGCACGUUCAUUGCCAUCGAUCGUCUUAUCUACCAGAUAGAGAAUGAGAACACUGUGGAUGUGUAUGGGAUUGUGUAUGACCUUCGAAUGCACAGGCCUUUAAUGGUGCAAACAGAGGACCAGUAUGUUUUCCUCAACCAGUGUGUUUUGGAUAUCAUCAGAUCCCAGAAGGACUCAAAAGUAGAUCUUAUCUACCAGAACACAACUGCAAUGACAAUCUAUGAAAACCUUGCACCAGUGACUGCGUUUGGAAAGACAAAUGGUUACAUCGCCUAGUUCCAAAGUAAAACCUUUCUGGAGUGAACCGGACCGUCACACCCACAGCGAAGGAAAAUGCCCCGAUGUCGACAUGUUUUUAUAUGUCUAAUAUCUUAUUCUUUGUUCUGUUUUGUUAGAACUUAUUUGAGGGUGUGAAGCUGCACAUGUAGAACAUGACAAAUGAGAAGUUGGGGCUGUCAGGGGCUGUGGAUGGGUGUUGAGUUAAUCAACUACAUUCCUGAAUACCAAUGGGAUGAGUUCACUUUUUUUUUUUUUCCUUGAGAAUUAUGGAACACCAGGAAAAGUGAGCUAUGAUUUUUUUUUCUUUUUCAAAACAGAUUCUUUUUAAAAAAGACUAUUUUAUAUGAUUCACAUGCUAAAGCCAGGAUUGUGUUGGGUUGAAUAUAUUUUAAGUAUCAGAGAUCUAUUUUUACCUACUGUAUCUUGGAAUCUAGCUGAUGGAAAAUACGUGAUUGUGGAUGAUUAUCAUGUCGGGAGGGGUACGUGGUACCUCUUCUGCCUGGGUUUUCUAUUUGAACAUGUGCCUUUUCUGAAUUAUGCUUCCACAGGCAAAACUCAGUAGAUAUCUCUAUUUUUGUAUUGAAUCUCAUAAUUGGAAUAUAAGGAAUAUUUAAACAGUAGUUUAGUAUCUGAGGUUCAGCCUUCUCGGUAACAUUCCUGUUCUCAUUUGACUAGAGGAGGCCUCCCCGUCCCCCAUGUUUCGUGCUCUAUUCUUUUUUUCCCCCUUUCUCUCCCGGUUUUCCCCAAAGACAUUUCUGUUGGCCACAUUUUCAGCCCAUUGGUUGAGUGAGAGUGGAAACCAAGUAUCACCUUGAGAAUUUCUGGGGGUGGGGGAAAGCAGAGGAACCCUACAGUGAUAUAAUCUCCUUCUCUUGUCCCUGUUUCAUCCUUUUUUCUCAUUUCUGUAUUUGGUAAGAAGGAUUAUUUAAAGGUGCAAUAUGUGACUUAGUGAUUCAUGAUGCUCUAGGUUUUUAGUAACGUUUUACUCAGGUUGGCAUUUUAUGUGCGUCUGUGUGUCCGUGUCUGUGUGUAUGUGUGUGUGUGUUUAAAAGCGUGGCAAUCUGUGAACACUUCAGUGUGAAAACAGUGUCUGAUUAAUCCCUCCUCCCUCAAAGUCCACUGGCUUUAGUCUAUCUGCAGUGACACAUAUCGGUAUCUACUGUAUAUAUAUAUACUAAACUCUUAAAACAGUCAUUCCUUUGAAUUGAGGUGUACAGAGUUUGAAUUUGUAUCAAAGAUGUAAUUAUUUUUAAAACCUCUUUUCACUAUACUGCUGCUGUAAUUACUUUUGAUUUUUUUAAUGUAGAUUAAUUUUUUUUUUUUUUUUUGCUUCAGGUGUGUAUCCACCAAGAAUUUCAGAAUUUAUGAGGAUUUAUUUUAUUGGUACAUAAUCUGUAAACUUCUCAAGGCAUUAACAUGAAAGGGUUUGUUUCUUUUUAUUUUAUAUUGUGGCUCAGGUUAUAUUUUGAAGAGGUUUUGAAUUUAUCCUCCUAUAGGCAAUGAAGUAGAGAAGGUCUUAUGAAGGAAUUACCAAGUCCCUGGAUUCCUGUGGCCGUUUUCCACAGUAAUAAAUCCUGCUGUAAAUUCAGGACAACUGUGUCCUAGUGAAAAUGGGAGUGGGGUCUUCUCCGGGUGCCCCGGUCACUCUUGACCUGGGGGAGCCCGUCUCCCGACGCUGCCGUGUUCCUCAACUUGCUAGCACCUUGAGAACUGACUGCACGUGCUAGUGGGUUAUGGAGGGUGAACCACAACGUACUGAAAGCCCUUGAUUCGGUUCAGAGGCUCAGCGCUUGUACGUCUUUUGUCCCCCUUGUCCCUUUGAGGUACUAAAAGGAUUAAAAGGAGAGGAGGUGGUCGUAUCAGUGUCUGGGGAGGACUUACUUCCCACACAGAAAUUGCACUUUUCGCCGAAUCCUUUGCUCUCUCUUGUGGCAAGCAGUUCAUUCAGCAUCAGGCCCUGCGAGGAAUGGGUUGUACGGGCCUGGUUGGGCCAUCUUGACUCCCCUUCAGAGGGGCCUUCGGCUCUUUAGGCCUGCAUCAGGGAAGCCACGCCGUCCCGGGCUGUUGAGUGAAGCUGGCUUUGGGCAGAUUGCUUCCAAACCUUCACACUGGUCUGCCCCUCCAUGCGUGCAGCUCUCAGAGUUCCAUGAUGGCAUUCGGAGGUCCCUGCCCGGGGCCGCAGUUCUGUGGGUCAUGCCCCUCUCCACUUUACUUGUCAGGAAGCCACUGGAAUGGGGGUGUAGAAGUCACUUCUGACAAAGAUGCUCUGCCCGGCCCUGCCUACGUUCCCUGCCACAGAGAAAUCGGAGGGAAGGACUUGGCUCCAAAAAUUCCUUUAGAAGGCUAAAGCAACAAUAAUUAUAAACAUACUGUGUAAAAUCACACAAAACCCCAGAAACUCUCCUUCCUUCCACCUGGUAUGGGUUUGGGAAAUGGGCAGGAGCCCCAGCUAAGCCACUCUCAGAUGUCAUUCCCAGUCCUGGGAGGAAGGCUCGUGGUAGAGAGGUCUGGAUUCCACAUGGCAGGUCAUGUGAAGGUCACGAUGCUUCUCUGCAUCCUGAAGAGGGCUGGGUUUGGGGACCGGUGGGGGUGGUGAGGGUAUUUAUAGCACAGUGAUUGAAAAGGGAAGAUAAUUGUGUAAAUAUAAAGGACGCACGGGCUGGGGAUUGGCCAUAGAAAAGAGAAGGUGCUUUCAAGCUCCUGCCCCAAAGCCUCCCAGGAACGAUGAACUAAAAUCUGAGGAGUCCAGUGGAAUCGCGGAGAUGGUGUGAUCACCCCUGCUUUCCUAUUUGCCGGUUGCACACAGAAAAAUGGCGAGGGUGGGAUUAGUUAUCAGUGAAAGGCCUGAAGGUUGGUGGUCAGUUGGUCUGGGGGAUUUGGGGCAUCGGUACCUUCUCCCAAGAGUGAGGACGUUUGCCUCCAAAGGUAAACCUAGUGACGUUUGGCACCGGUGGGAAAUGACAUUUGGGAGUCUGUUCCCUGUGGGCACCUAGUGACCUCCGGUGGACUUUGGCAGAUUUGACUGCACUGGAGUUGGGCUUCGUCGAGCUGAGGCUCGUUGGGGGUGGGGGCCACCUUUGCAUCUGAUUCAUGUUUGCUUUUCAUCAGAGAUGAAAAAGGCUGGUUUUCUUUUGCAGUGCUGGGUUGCACUUAUUGUGCUAAACAAGGCUUGGUGACUAUGUUGGUUUGCCUCAAAAGUCCAAGUUCUGCGUUUUCAGACUGUAUAGCAGCCAAGUGUUUGACAUACUGUAGCAUUUUUCCCUCGGGGGCACGUAUGAACAGGAUGUGUUGAUAUGGACUCUAAAACUGUAAUUUUCUUGUAACUAUUUUGGAAUGAUGCAUAUUUCUAAUGUUUGUUAUACUUGUACAGAGUAUUGCUGUUGGUUGCUUUUUUUUUUUUUUAAGGAAAAAAUGGCCUGAAAAAAAAAUUUUUUUAAAAGACUCACAAA